AUGGCCGCCGUCAAGACCUCUCCGCCUCCCGCGUCUGCUUCCCCCGGCGCCGACAGUCGGAAUCGCACCACCCUCCACGCCAUGGCUAUCCACGGCAGGCCCGCCGAAGAACUUCACCGGAAGCCUCUUCCUUUGCCGCCGCUGCCCCAGGGCAACGCGAGGCUGCGCGAGGCCCCCGUCUCUCCUGUCAGGGUCAACUUCCAGCGGGAGAGCUGGCCCCAGCCCUCAAACGCCGACAUUGAGCUUGCGCAGUCUGAGGCUGCCCAAUCCCCCACCCCCUCGACCGAGACCUUGGGCAGCCGUGCCGAGCAGAAACCGCUUCCUCCGCUCUCCACGUGCAAUGAGACUCCCCGAUCCCCUACCGCCUCGAUGAGAACCUCGGGAAGCGUCGGCAACCAGAAACCGCUGCCUCCGCUAUCCGCGCCCAAUGAGCCCAAGGAGCGCCAACGAUUCUCUACUGCCUCGACCGGUACCAUGGGCAGUCUUGCUGAGCAGAAGCCGCUUUCUCCGUUGUCCAAGUCCCAUGAUCGUCAACAGCCCUCGACUGCCUCGAUCGGAACCUUGGGCAGCAUUGGUAGCCAGAAACCACUUCCUCCGUUGACCACGGCCCAUGAGCGUCACCAGUCCUACACAGGCUCCAUCGGGACGCCGGGUAGCAUUGGCGACCCGAAACCGCUCCCUCCACUAUCCACGCCCACUAAGUCGUCCCAGAGACCGGACGGCUCUGGUGCCGCCACGUCGGCGAUUAGGUUCAGCCAUGCUCCCUUAGACCUAAAUCUCUCUCCAACGUCUCCCAACGGGCCCGGCCGAUACCCUGCAACGGUCGCCAGCCCCAAGGGUCUCGCUAAGAAUCAUGAUGACUUCCGCAACAGCCGUGAGUCAGACGGGACCGACAGCUCCGCCCAGCAGCCCAGCUCCGUCCAGUCGUCAGCGGCUACGAGUGCGAGCUCCAUCUCCGUCGUCAAUGAGAAUGCCGAAUGCUCACCCAUCGAUGACGCCUCCCCCGGGGGCUCCGCCGCAAAUGAUCCCACGCCCAAAAACUUCUCCAUCCCGCUGUUCCAGUACCACCAUCAGCAGCACGAGCCUCCACAACGGGUGGGCAGUGUUCCCAGUGAGGCUGCACGAUCGGCCUCGAAUCCGGAGCUGCUUGAGAACGCAGGGCCCGUCAGGCGCCACCUGACGCCGACCUCUGGCUACUGGGCAAGAGGCUCCCUGUCUCGACCGCAGUCGUCAUACUCGACCUUUUCCGACCAUGGCUCUCGUGGCCGGUCUCCCAACCUAAUGCCAGGUGGCUCCCACAUGCGCGCCCCAUCUUCCCAUUCGCGCAAGUCUCCCGACUCGAGGCUCUCCACCUAUGCCGAGCUUCUCAGCGUGCCGUAUCCCCAACAGGCACCAGCGCUGGUCUCGCUGGACAACUCGAACCUCCGCAAUGCGGUGGGCAAUAAUGCGUCGCUCCUCAGCACCGACAAGACGCUCGAGAUGUACCGGCAAAACGUCAAGAAGACCAACGACUUUUCUAUCCAGUAUUCCUUUGCGGUGUUCCUGAUCUCGACGGCACAGGAGCAAGGCCUGGACUUUCCGGAGCCAAAACCGCGCAAGAAUAACCGGCAGCCGCUUGGCGAGGUGGACAGCUUCGAGGUAGAAAGCCCAGUCUCCAACUCGUACGAACUGGUUCGAGAGGCGCGGCAGAUUCUGCAACGGCUCGCGAAUGGGGGCUAUCCCUUUGCGCAGUACUACCUGGCCGACGGCUUCGCGUCGGGGCUGUUCAGCAAAGGCAAGGAGGACUAUAACGCUGCCUUCCCAUUGUUCGUCUUGGCUGCGAAGCACGGGCACGCCGAGUCUGCCUAUCGCACCGCGCUCUGCUACGAGUUUGGCUGGGGCUGCCGCAAGGAUCCUGCCAAAGCGGUGCAGUUCCUCCGCUCGGCGGCAUCUAAGCGACACCCCGGAGCCAUGACACGGCUCGGCAAGGCUUGCCUGUCGGGAGACUUGGGCGAGAAGAGAUACCGCGAAGGCAUCAAGUGGAUGAAACUUGCCACCGAGGCCGCCGACUCGCAGUACAAUGCGGCUCCCUACCAGCUGGGCUGCCUGUACGAAACUGGAUAUGGUGACGACAUAUUCCAGGACCUCGGCUACGCGGCGGAGCUAUUCACGCAAGCGGCGGAGCUGGGUCACCCCGAGGCCAACUACCGGAUGGGCGACGCCUACGAGCAUGGGCGGCUCAAUUGCCCCAGGGAUCCGGCUCUGAGCGUGCACUUUUACACGGGAGCCGCCGAGCGCGGGCAUGCCGGGGCAAUGAUGGGUCUCUGCGCGUGGUACAUGGUCGGGGCGGCCCCUAUUCUCGAAAAGGACGAGGAGGAGGCGUACGAGUGGGCGCGUCGGUCAGCAGAGCUGGGCUUUGUCAAAGCACAGUACGCCGUGGGAUACUUUACCGAGAUGGGUAUCGGCUGCCGCCGAGACAUGCUGGAGGCCAACGUCUGGUACGUCAAGGCUGCCGACGCCGGGGACGAACGAGCCAAGCAGCGCCUGGCGGUGAUCCAGUCUGCGGCCAGCGGCGAAGGAGUCCCCAUGGAAGUGGCGCCUCCCCGGAACGGCAAGACCAACAAGGCGGCCAAGGACGACAAGGAAUGUGUCAUCAUGUGA